AUGUUGCGAAUAGCCCGUCCGUCGAGGGCCCCGUCCCGCUUUUUGACGCGCAGCUUUCGCGCUUCAACCCAUGUUCGAAACGAACCAUUCGAUCCGAACUCGUUUGAGCGUGCCACGGACGACGUAGAUGUAUGCAUUGUCGGCGGGGGCCCUGCUGGGCUCAGUGCUGCUAUUCGUCUGAAGCAGCUCGAGCAAGAGAAGGGAAGGGAAAUCCGAGUGGUAGUGCUUGAAAAGGGUGGUGAAAUCGGCUCGCAUAUACUAUCAGGUGCUGUCGUUGAGCCUCGCGCACUCAAUGAGCUCCUCCCGGACUGGUCUUCCCGACCCGAGCACCCUUUCAAACAGCCUGCCACCUCAUCUAGCAUGCGCUGGUUGACAGGAAGCGCGUCUUUCCCCAUCCCACACCCUCCUCAGAUGUCUAACAAGGGCAACUAUAUUGUAUCUCUCUCACAAGUCACCGCCUGGCUCGGCGGCAUCGCUGAAGAGCUUGGUGUCGAAAUCUACCCUGGCUUUGCUGGUGCGUCGCUUGUAUAUACGCAGGACGGACAAGGCAUCGCUGGUGUGCGGACGAAUGACGUCGGCCUUGACCGCCGUGGGCGCCCGAAAGAUUCUUUUGAACCUGGCAUGGAGUUCCGUGCCAAGGUGACGCUGCUUGCCGAGGGCGCGCGAGGAUCGUUGACGAAGCAAGCUGUGCGACGCUUCGAUUUGCAGCAGGAUUCCGAUCCUCAAACGUAUGGGAUGGGCGUGAAGGAAGUUUGGCGUGUCGACCCGAGUCAGUACCGCCCAGGCGAAGUCGUCCAUACUAUGGGGUGGCCUUUAGAUUGGCGGACAUACGGCGGUGGCUGGGUUUAUCACAUGGCGGAUGGCCUCGUCAGUCUGGGGUUGGUUAUCGGGCUGGAUUAUGCAAACCCGUAUAUCAGCCCCUAUAAGGAGUUACAGCGUAUGAAACAUCAUCCCUACUUCGCCAAGCUGUUGUCUGGAGACUCUUCGCGAGUGGCUUACGGAGGACGUGUCAUCAACGAAGGCGGACUGCAGUCUAUCCCUCAACUCCACUUUCCAGGCGGUGCUCUCAUUGGAUGCUCGGCCGGAUUCGUCAACGUUGCUAAAAUCAAAGGGACUCAUAAUGCCAUGAAGACAGGUAUGCUCGCAGCAGAGGCAGCGUUCGAGGCCGUAGAAGCGUCCUCGAGUGAUGAGAUGCCGACAGAUCUGAGCGCAUAUCAGACCGCGUUCGAACGGAGCUGGGUCUACCAAGACCUGUACGAAGUCCGCAAUCUGCGCCCGUCGUUUACCACUCGUCUAGGCAUCUUUGGCGGGGUCGCUUACUCUGGAUUGGAUUCUUUGUUGCUCAAAGGCCGUACGCCAUGGACGUUCCGGAAUUCUAAGCGGACAACAGAUGCUGCACACACUCGCCCUGCUGCGGAGUACUCGCCGAUCAACUAUCCUCCUCCACAACCACCGCUUUCGACUGAUCUCUUGACCGCACUCGCGUUGACGGGCACAAAUCAUGCUGAGGAUCAGCCAGCGCAUCUUCGUGUCCGAGCUGAGGGUGGCUCCGAGAGCUCAGAGGUAAGGGGUGAACAUGUCAAAGUCAACGUCGGGCAGUACGCGGGCCUCUUGGGUCGCGCAUGUCCGGCUCAGGUCUACGAGUAUGUAGAGGAUGAAGCUGGCGCCGCUGGUAGCGAAGGAUGGGGCGGUCAUAAGCUCGUUAUCAAUGCGCAGAACUGCAUCCAUUGCAAACUAUGCGACAUCAAGGUUCCGAGCCAAGACAUUCAGUGGACUGUGCCAGAGGGUGGAGGUGGCCCCAAGUACACGGUGACGUGAAGUUUUUGGAAAAAUGUGAAUAUUCCGGAUUCUCAUCGACCUCCUGAGCGGUUCAUUUCCUACGAACCUACAUCGUGGAAAGCGAACAGGGGCACCUCUUUGUCCCACGUUUAUUAUCCUGGGUGAUCUAGUGGCUACAUCAUCGUCGCGACGAGUACACGUAGAUAGAGUGGCGCUGAUUGUCAAUUCAAAGGGCCUCCGUACCUCUCGAGGGACGUUUCCUGCAGGAGUGGACACGAGAGAUUUGAAGUUG